UGUGUGUGUGUGUGUGUGUGUGUGUGUGAGAUGUAGGUCAGGCCGAUACACUGGCAGCAGAUUGCUCAUUAAGUGCCAAACCAAGCAAAAGUCUUGGAGUGUGUUUUUCAGUGGCAUCAGGCCGACCAUCUGCUCCUCCUUUAUUCAUUCAUUAAGACGUCUUCUUUGUGUGUGCACGUGUGCGUGUGCACGUGGAAGCAUUCAUCAACAGACACUUGCUAACCAGCUACACCACGUCACUCAUGUUAUUGUCCAAAAGCAGCACUCGCAUGUCAGACGCUGGAUCAUGUGACCAUGCUGACUGGUGAUUGGUCAGUUGGUGCAGCUAAAGAUGCUUGGUGCAGUUCUGGGUUGUUAGUUAGUGUGAAUGUGAGCGAGUGUUCGGAGCAACAGGAGAAAUCUGACGGGUCUGAGAGAAGGAAGCAUCAACCCACCCAGCAGUGAAAGGAGAAACAGUCAGGAGAUGUAUGACCAAAGACAUGAGGAUCCACCUGCUCAACCAAUGUGUCAAAGUACUGAGCUCUAAGCAGUGAUCCUAACAGGAACCUCAGCCAAACCAAAGCAGCAGAACCCAAACUCAAAGGUCCAAAACUUCAGUUUAUCACAGAGUCCAGCUAAACAUUGCAGGAUGAAGCUGGAGAGCACACUAGGAGAUCUGAGCACCUGGCAGGAGGUGGACUUUGCUCUCAACUGUACCUACAUUGUUCCAGAUCAGGUGUCAGAGCCAAGCUUCAGACUGCCCAAAGCCAUGACCUCCAUCCCACGGAACCUCACCUUUGAUUACAGCACAGACAAUGAGGUGACAGGUGUGUUCAGCAAAGAGUACAUUCCUCAGGGGACUCGUUUCGGACCCCUGCAAGGAGACAUUUACACCAAAGACAGCGUUCCCAAAGAGGCCAACAGGAAGUACUUCUGGAGGAUUUACAGUGGCGGGCAGCUUCAACACUUCAUCGAUGGCUUUGAUGUCCACAAGAGCAACUGGAUGCGUUAUGUGAACCCGGCUCAGUCCCUGGCAGAACAGAACCUGGUGGCCUGCCAGAACGGCUCAGACAUCUACUUCUACACCAUCCGAGCCGUGGAGUCCAAACAGGAGCUGCUGGUGUGGUACAGCCAGGAGUUCUCGCAGAGGCUGUGCAGCCAGCAGGACCAGCUCAGACACGAUUGCAGCSACAAAGAGCUGAGCAAACACAGGGGACCUCAUCAGACUUGGCUCCGAGACAGAACAAAGGAUGAACAGAGGGAGGAAGUGAGUGAGGAGAAGAUAGAUGAAGAGAUGUUGGUGAGGGACACGCCUCCUGAUACACCUGAGGAGCAGAUAGUGGACUUCAGCAGGAAGAUGGAGAAGCAGCCCGAGCAGAGUCCAGGCCUGGGCUACAAUCAGCCUUAUCUGUCAGAUCACCACCCCUCCCUGUCAGCACCACACAGACACCUCCCCCUUCACCUCCAUGGCCUCUACGGCCACAGGGAGGGGCUUGUCUCCUCCUACCCCAUCUACUCUCAAUCCAGACCUCUUCAGCCUCCUUACCAGUUCCUGCCUCCGUAUGGACCUCACUAUCCCCGCCUCCUCGUACCCUCUUACUCUCCUCCUUUCCCUGGAAUGCUCCCCUCUAGAGGAUCCCUCCAAUAUAACAGCUACCUGGGAUCAGAUGGACUCCAAUACCCCCCAGUCAGCACCCCCAAACUGCUCCCUGUGUCCUUUCCUUUUGCUGCAUGUCCACAGGGAGGCCUCAAAGAACUAACCCCAAACAUUUCUCCACUAAGAGGCACCCCAGCCACCCCAGAGCUAUCUCCCCCUGCAAAGCCUGACACACAUCAUCAUCAUCACCAUCCAGAACCAUCCCCAUCUGACCCAGAGGAGGCCAUGAACCUCAGCCUAAACACAAACAAGAGCAGCACAGCCCCACGUAACGGCCCUGGACACAAAUCCCUGCCUUACCCGUUAAAGAAGCAGAACGGAAAGAUCAAAUAUGAAUGUAACAUCUGCUCCAAAACCUUCGGACAGCUGUCAAACCUUAAGGUCCAUCUGAGAGUUCAUAGUGGAGAGAGACCAUUCCACUGUCACCUGUGUAAAAAGAGUUUCACUCAGCUGGCCCACCUUCAGAAACAUCACCUGGUCCACACGGGAGAGAAACCUCAUGAAUGUCAGGUGUGCCACAAACGCUUCAGCAGCACCAGUAACCUGAAAACACACCUCCGCCUGCACUCUGGAGAGAAACCUUAUCAGUGCAAGCUGUGCAACACCAAGUUCACGCAGUACAUCCACCUGAAGCUGCACCGCCGCCUCCACAGCAGCCGGGACAGGCCCUAUCGCUGCCAGCUCUGCAGCCACGCUUUCUUCCACCGUUUUUCCCUGUGCAUCCACCAGCACAGCUGCUGCCCUGCCGCGUCCAACGCUCCCGUCAACGUGCACAUGAAGGAGAUGGUGGAGRGCUUCGAUGCCAGCCAGGAGGCAGACAUGCUCACAGAAACAGCAUCAGCCUCUCAGCUGGGGGAAGCUGCUGAGCACUGGCUGUCCCGUACCCUGGAAGGAGAGGGUAAGGAGGACCAGAAGGAGGCCACGGUCCUGCUCAAAACUCUGACAACAGUGAUGAACACACCAGUAAGAGCCGUGGCCUCGUCUGCUGCAGCACCAGCACCCCACAGUACCCCUCUGACCAUGCAGGAGAGGGCCAGCGUGGUCCAUCUGAACAAACGGCCAGCAGUGAAAACUGAAGGACACUGAGGACAGACUUCAUGACUGGAGACAGAUUCCAGGACUGAAGACAAACACAAAAUGAUCCACCAAAAUAAAAGCAGCCAUCUCCAAAUAAAGCUCCUAGUUUUCCUCGGAGCUGUGAAGAGGAACGAGUGCAGAAGUCCAAAGAACGGGUCUGAGAUGUGACCURUUGUUAAAAAGCUGUGAUGUUUAUAAAGUUCUUCCUCUCAGGUAGAAAACUGUUUGCUUUGUUCUGCUUUAACUUAUUACUUUUUCAUUGAAAUUGUUCAUAUUUAUUUUGUUGUUUUGUAGUUUGUUAGUGUUUUUAUGUGGACUCAGGAACCUGGUUAGGGGUUAGUUUAGGAUUUGUUUAUGAUUUUAAAACUUGAUGUAAUAAGAAGCAUUUGCCAAAAUGACAAUCACACAACAUGAUUGUGUUUUAUACAAACUACACAUUAUUCACAUUUUCUCCUAAAAUAUAACAAAGACAACUUAUCAGAAAGUUCCAGUUCUACAGAGUUUUUUUCUCACAAAGCUUUACUGCAAAUGUCUGUAACUACAAGCUUCAUCCAAACCUUCCUCCUGACAGCACCUCACGUUUAGCACUGAAGAACAAAACAAGUAUUUGGAGAACAUUUCAAUGUAAAUGUAACACUGGAUAAAAAUAUGAUGUCACCAAAAACCUCCAGAAUGUUCCUUUCAAAGUGUAGAUUUGAAAUGUGUGUACAGUUUGUUGUGUAGCUUAUUGUGACAAACUGAGAGAAUUGUUUGAUGAGACUUUUCUAUAUUUCUGUCAUGUAGCAUAUUAAAGAUGAUAUUUCUUUAAA